GCUGGACAAAUCAGCAAGGAGGGGUUUCUGGGGAGAACCAAACCUAUGGAACCUGCCCACAACCAAAAAGCCUCACAUCUGCCCUCCAGACAAAGUACGGGCACAUCUGCAGCACUUCUACCGAGCUUUGUCGUAAGAGGAAUGAACCACCCCGGAGAAUAACAUCUGCUGUGCCGCACAGAGGAAAGACUCCACGCCGCUGGACCGAGUCCCGCCCUCCUAAUAUGUUAAUAUCUACGCACGUCGUUGAAGCCCGUUCUCUCUGCCUCUGAAGCUAAACACGUUUGACCAUUCAGAUCCUGUUGAGUUGGUCUCCGUCUGAAAGUCCACACAGCAAAUGGUUCCUCGGCAAGGAAGCAGCUCUCCUGCCCACAUCCUCUCUGCCGAGGCCAUGAAUGGAAAACGUUUUAGUUGAGCGCGAGGAGGGCGCCGUGUCUGAAGGAGUUGACCUGCGGUUCGAAUCCACGCUGGAAAAGCAUGCUGUCCCUCCUGCUUCCCGCAUUGCUGGCCAUCCAAGCUCUGGCCGCGAUGGAAGUGCGAGUGCCGGAGCAGCCGGUGGUGGCGCUGCACGGCAGCGACGCCACGCUCCACUGUUCCUUCAGCCUCGCCAAACCCUUCAACCUGUCCAACCUGACCGUCUUCUGGCAGCUGACGGACACCCAGCAAAGCGUGUACAGUUACUCGGGGGGACGCGACCAGCUGCAGUACCAGGCCGAGAGGUUCGCCAACCGCACCGCCCUAUUCCCCGCUCAGCUGGGCCUCGGCAACGCCUCGCUCCUGCUCAGCAGGGUGGUGGUGGCGGACGAGGGCAGCUACACCUGCUUCGUCAGGGUGCACGACUACGGCAGCGCGGCUUUGCUGCUGCAGGUGGCCGCCCCAUACUCCAAGCCUGUGCUGACUCUGCAGCCUAAAUCCAACCUGCGACCAGGUGAUGAGGUGGCCUUGACCUGCGCGGCCUACGGCGGCUAUCCCGAAGCUAGCGUGAUGUGGCAAAACGGGGGCGGGCAGAACCUGAUAGACAAUGUCACCACUUCAUCGGUGGCCAAUGAGGACGGGCUUUUCUCCAUGACCAGCGUGCUGACCGUCGUGCUCGAGGCCAAUAGCACCUACAGCUGCCGACUGAUAAAUCCACUGCUGGGCGAGGAGGGAAACGCCUCCGUGACAAUCACAGGUCAGAACAUUGCGUUCCCCCCGGUGGCUCUGUGGGUAACUGUUGGCCUGGCCGUGUGUCUGCUGGUGCUGCUAGUUGCCCUGGCUGCUGUCUGCCGCAGGAAGAUCAAGGAGAGCUGCGAGGAGGCCAGGAGAGAAGCUGAAGAGGCCAAGGAACUGGAGGAAGAGGAGUCAAAGACAGCCAUGACGUUACUGAGUAGCUAAGGCAGAGAAAAUAACGGACUCGGUGCUAGACGGUGCGGAGGAGAUGAGUCUGGCAGGUAAUCCCACUCCAUCUAUCCAUCAACCCGGAGACUAUUUCCAGCGUCCCCUACAGAAUGUCAAAGCCUCACGGAGCAGCAGAUGAGUCCAUCAUCCUCUUUCUAAGACCUUCCCUCAAGUUUCCAUCAAAAACAUACAAACACAUCACCUGCCGUUAUUUUCCAUUGCCCUCGCUACCCUUUUGCGUCGGUGGAGGGUCACGGCAAGCGAGUGAGCACAGUUGAGGGGGGGGCGCGCUCCAUACGGCACGCUAGAGGAGAAGCUCCGUUUCAAAAACCCACAGGAUAACCCCCCCUCCCCCAACCCCAACCCCCUCUCCACCCUCUCCUCGAUGACAUCAAUGGGCUGCGAUGGGGCAUGCGCCAGAGAUCCCUUGUCUAAUAGGAAGUGAGACAACUAAAGAGAUGACCCUGCAUCAGUUGCCAUUGCUGCCUCUCUGCCAUAGAGAGAGAGAGAGCGAGCGAGCUGGGCACUCCCAUUACUUCUGCACUUGCUAAUUAGCGUCUGCCGCCGGAGUAACUUGUACCUGUCAGUGUGUGCCGCUCUCCUAUAUUCAGUAACUUGAGGGAAUUGAAAUUGAAUGCCAGUUAGGCUCCAACAAACUGCAAAUGGUGCAUGGGAUACACCCUGAUUCUCUCCCUGACCUGACAGCCUUAUGUGUUUAGAAUUUUUUUUUUUUUUAAUGAACACAGUAUCUCUGCAAGUUUUUACUGCCAGUGUGUAAUGUUUCAUCUAUUCCAAACAAGAGGACACACUGAUUGUUUUUUUGCUUUUUUAUUUUUUAGCUACUCAAGCAAGUCCCUGUGCCAUAUGUAUGAAUGCCAAAGCCAUUUCUGUUCCAGAUAACUCAGUGCCUAUUUACAUUAAAAGAGACAUGGAGAAACUUA